AAACACGCCGCGCGCUCCCUCAGAGACACAACUCGGGCGCACAGAUAAGAGCCGCGCGAGAAGAUAACGUGUAUCCUUUGGCGGACUUAGCACUCGCCGAUGGGCGGAUGACAAGCGAAGCGGCGCAGCGCCUUGGUGGAGUGGUCGUUAAGCCCGUCGAAGUCCUGUCGAGCGUUUUACCUUAGCCCUGAACGACUGUCUCGUGAGCGAAGCUCUCAUUAAACGUCCCCCCGGAAGCACGAUGACUGCUGGAGCGAUUCGGAUGAAAAGAUGUUUUCUCCUGGUGGUCCUGUGCUGUGCGGUGUCUGCCGUGGCCGAAUCGCCCGCUGAAAAGGCGCGAAAUGCAACGAACGGACCCGAUGACCACGCGGCUGCGAACGCCACGGAGCCGGCAAACGCCACCUGGUGCGUGGGGCACCAGCCAUCUUUCUCCGUGAACGUCUCGUCGAACGCCGUGAACGUCACCCUGGAUGAGCCACAGCGCGAGGACCAGUGGACGUGCGUGUGCGCCAUCAACGCGCUGCUGGCGACUCGCAUGAAGGAGAUCGCGUGCUCGAGGCAAGGCAACGUCCGGCCACCGCCACUCUGCCGCAGCGCCAGCGGCGGCGCCGGAAGCAUCUACAUCGGAGGCCUCACGGCGGAGACCAAUUACACGGUCUGCGUGCGCUACCUCUGCGCGGGAGAGAACGCCAGCGCUGUCGCCUGUCAGCCCACUAUAACCGAAGCCACACCGAGGAGCGAGCCAGCGCCGCCACCGCCGUUCGGAGUGAUCGUCAAAGCCACCGCCUCCAGCACCGCGGCCAACGUGACGUGGAGCACGGACGAAGCCGCUCACGCGUUCACCGUGACGCUCUGGGAGCUGGUCAAGCACCGCACGCUCGAGCGCGUGCCCGUCGACUCGGUCAAGACCAACGAGACGCAGUACGAAUUCCACUCUCUCGAGCCGUACACCGUUUACAGGGCCGAAGUGAGCACUGCGGCACCCAACGAAGGAAUCAUCGCCAACGCCACCGUCUUCAGGACGCAGCCCGGAGCGCCCUCUGCUCCGCGGUACCUGCAGCUGACGGGCGUAUCCAGCACGGCGAUAAGCCUGCAAUGGUCAGCGCCGCAAGAGUUGCACGGCCCCCUGUUCGGCUACACGGUCUUCUACGGACCGGCACGCGAGCAUCAGAAGCGCAGCUCCUUCGAGACGCAGAACACUUCGGUGACCGUGACGCACCUCACUCCGGACACGUUCUUCGAAGUGUACGUCAAGGCGUUCAACAAACUGCACGACGGCACAGAGGUGGCCAGCGUUCCGGCCCGCAUCGAGGUCAAGACGAGCAUCGGCGCCCCUUCCAAGGUCCAGAACUUGCGUGUGGUUAGCAGCUCUAAGAACACCGUGGUGGUGAGCUGGAGCGCGCCGCUUAAGUCCAAUGGACCCUUGGACGGCUACGUCGUGCAUUGGUGCAACCAGAGCAGCGGUGGCCACAACGACGCGAACUACGCCGCCUGGAUGGCGAAACUAACCAACCACUCCGAGUGCCACACGCUGAAGUCUGCGAGGGAUACGCGCGCCACCGUCGGCCCGCUCCUCCCGGAGUCGACGUACGUGGUCGCCGUGAGCGCCUACAACCUGCAGGCCAACCGCCACCAGUGGGUCGAGAGCAGUCCCGAGACCAUCACCGUCGAGACCCUGCCGGAAGCGCCACCCGCGCUUCGAGCCCUGGACGUGCGCAUGGUGAGCGCCGACUCGGUGGAGGUCAACUGGGAGUCCCCUGCGCCCGGCGUUGUGGGCUACGUGGUCGCCUGGUGCCAGAACCAUCGCUGCUCCGAGAAGACUGUCACGGCCACGCGCCUCAUUAUCCACAACCUGCACGCUGACAGCGACUACAACGUCAGCGUGGUGCCUUUCCGAAUGGACAGCCAGGGCAACAAGGUUCCCGGCCCACUCACCACUAAGCUAGUCACCGUCACCGACAGCAUCGACGCUGUUAUGGCCGACAGCUACCUGAUAGGGGCCAUCGUGUGCUCGGUAAUCAUCACUGCACUAGGACUCGCAGUCUUCGUCGUCUGCCGCAAGAAGAAAGGAACGGGUCCUCAGCUUUACAAGAGGAUGAGCUCCUUGGAGAACGACGAUGAUGACAUCGUGUUCAUGAAGACGGUUCCCAGAAAGACCUGUGGGGACAUCCGCUAGAACUACCACAAAGACGAAAUUCUCACGUAUUUUACGCAGUUGCACACCUUGGAUCUUCAGUCACCGGAACCAGUUGUGAAAUAUGUGAAAUCGAUUCGUCUUCAAAGCAAUGGCGUCAUCAGAGAACACGCAAUAUUCCCGUACGUUGCGAGGAGUUAGCACAAUGCCGCGUAGGGAUAGGUAAAUUAAAUAGUGCAGUUCGUCCAACAACGGGAUUGUCAACUCGUAACAAAGACGUACUAUUGGCACGCAUACGUCCCAGACGCGAUUAAAAAAAAGAAAAACAAAAAAAAAAUGGAGAAAAGUCCACACAAUGCAGAGGCAUCGAAAUGUAUGAAUAUAAGGGAAAAAAAGUACGCGCUGAUGUAAAACUAGAGAUGUUGCUCUCGAUAGAAUAUAAAAAGGCGCAGAAAAAUUUAAACACGAUAAUCUAUAAGAUAGAAGCGAGAAAAAAGAAACGAUAAAAGAAGUUGCUCAGGCGGGUAUGACGACGGCGUUUUGGUGCAUGGGCCUUCCUAGGAUGUGCGCCUUGAUGAAGUCGGCCGCUUGGAUGAGGCACCAGAGGAUCGACACGAAGAGGCAAGCGGCGGCUACCAGAUAGAAGAGGCCGUUGUACGAGUCGUUCUUGUCCUUGAAGUAGCCUGAAAAACAUCAAAUGGGCCUCUCAGUGCUCCUGCUGCAUUGUUCGCACGCCCUCAAGAGCUGUGCCCAGAAGAGUUAUACUAGCGACUUAAGUAACGUCGUGCCUGGGGUUUUGCAGGCUCGCUACAUGUGCAUUGUUUAUUAUUCGGUGCCGAAGAACAGCACUAAGUUGUCCUCUGACAUUCACGCAUAAUAUUUUGCUUGGAGUGUGCGGUGGGUUUAUUUCAGUGCAGAUAAAGUGUCGAGUAGUCUUUGGUUUGCAAUCUAUACAUAUCGCACUUAUUCGCUUUCUUUCUUUCCUUGUGUGUGUGUGUGUGUGUGUGUGUAUGCGUUUGUGUUGCUUCCAGAGCUGCCACAUUCGAGCCUGCUAAAAAAAAAAAUGUACGCGCCCACUUUCCGAAACUAUUUGUUAUGUUGUGUUGCUUUGUUAAUUUGUUAUCAUGUUUGUUACUUGUGCUGGUAAAGGCGCGUUUAGCCCGUAGAUGUGUUACCUUUCAACAAGCUACUUAACUCGUGUCGAGCGCAUAUUACUUUUUUUGCCGAUUAAGCUACGGUGUUUGAAACAAUAAAUGUAUCCAAAGUUGUA